AUGGAGCGGAUUGAACGCUUGCUCUCACGGCCGACAGCAAAGCCUUACAGAUCAAGAGACAUUGAAGCAUCCGAAGAACCAUGGCUCAACGAAGAUGGCUUGCUAGACUUCUCUCCCGAUGACAUGGAGAACCCAAAGAACUGGUCCAAGGCUCGUCGAUGGUACAUCACUGUGGCUUCCGUCACUCUUGUCGUCAACGCAACAUUUGCAUCAUCAAGUCCAUCGGGUACUCUGGAUGGAAUCGCUAGGGAUCUGCACGUCUCAACCGAGGCUGCUGGCCUUGUCAUCACUCUUUUCCUGCUGGGUUACUGCGCUGGACCACUGAUCUGGGCGCCCUUGUCCGAAUUCUACGGCCGCCGAUGGAUUUUCUACAUUACCUUUACAAUGUACUUGAUCUUCAACUUCCUCUGCGCCUUCACACCCAAUUUCGGAGGUCUUCUUGUCGGUCGCUUCUUGACUGGUACCUUUGCCAGUUCCUCCUUGUCCAAUGCGCCUGGAGUCCUUGCCGACAUCUGGGGCCCCGUCGAGCGUGGCAACGCCAUGGCUACCUUUUCCAUGAUGACAUUUGUUGGUCCCGCUCUCGGUCCCGUCAUCUCUGGCUUCCUGGAGCUGAAGGAAGAUUGGAGAUGGAGUUUCUAUGUCCUCCUCUGGCUCGCUGGUCUCACCGAAAUCUUGAUGUUCACCAUCCCCGAGACAUUGCCGUCGAUUGUGCUUCUCAACAAGGCAAGAAGACUUCGAGCGUUAAAGAUACCUGGCUACGAGAAUAUCAAGGCUCCUGUUGAAGUCACUGACAGGACUCUUUCUGGCAUGUUCGCUGUCGCCUUGACCCGCCCGUGGAAAAUCCUCAUCGACCCCAUCUCAUUUGCAGUCGCUGUCUACCUCGCCGUUGUGUACGCUUUGCUGUACAUGCUGUUCACCAUCUACCCCAUCGUCUUCCAACAGAAACGCGGCUGGAACUCGGGCGUCGGAGAGCUUCCGCUUAUUGGUACUGCAAUUGGUGCAGUCAUUGGUGGUGCCAUCAUUUUCGCUGUAUCGGCACGCGACAGAAAGAAGUUGGCUGCUGGUCACAAAGGUGUACCUGAGGAUCGUCUUCCGGUCGCGAUGAUUGGCGGUAUCAUGUUCCCCGUUACCAUGUUCUGGUUUGCAUGGACUGCAAACUUCAACAGCAUUCACUGGGCCGUCCCUGCAGUUGCUGGUGUCUUCCUCUCAACCUCUAUUCUGCUCAUCUUCGUCGCCUAUCUCAAUUAUUUGACCGACACAUACCUUAUGUAUGCAGCGAGUGCGCUGGCAGCCAACACUGUCGCUCGCUCCGCCGCGGGAGCCUCUGCGCCACUUUUCACGCAAUACAUGUUCAAUGCUCUUGGUGUUGGCGGAGGUGGCUCGCUCAUUGGUGGCAUUGCCUGUUUACUUGCUCCCAUUCCGUUCGUCUUCUACAAGUACGGAGGUCCGAUCCGCGAGAGGUCAAAGUUCGCGCCUACCCCUAACAAGAAA